CAUCACCAUGGCCGGACGAGUAGCUCUCGCGUUUUUGUUCAUCUCGUGCGUCACCUUGGCAGAAGGUGCUAAAAUCCUAACCAUCCUACCGCUGGGUGGUAAAUCACACGACAUCAUCGGAUCCGCCUUCGGCAAGGUGCUUGCCGGAGCCGGUCACGAUGUAACGGUGAUAACAUCCUACCCGGCAAAAAAGCUACCGAAAAAUUACCGCGAAAUUGUGCUAACCGGGUUUCUGGAGAAAGUAGCGGAAAGUCAACAGGCACCCAAUUUUUUCGAAUUCCGUGGUGGAAUCGUAGCGUCUGCUUUCAUGCUGACCAUGCUGUACGGAAUGAUGCCUGGCAGGAUGUACGAGUUGGCAAUGCAGCAUCCGAACGUUGUGAAUCUUUUGAAAUCAGACGAAAAGUUCGAUGUUGUUAUAUUGGAGUCCUUCAUAGCGGAACAAUUCUAUGGAUUCGCUCAGCACUUUGAUGCCCAUCUAAUAACCUUUUCCGCUUUCGGAAACUCAUUAUGGACCAACGGAUUAGUAGGAAGUCCCCAUCCUACAUCGCACUUAGGACAUUUCCUACUCAGCUACACAGACCGAAUGACAUUUUGGGAACGAUUUGUAAAUGCUGCGUUUACCGCAUUCGAUCGAUUCUUCUAUUCAUGGGUCUAUCUGCCGAAUCAGAAGAAAUAUUACGAUUUAGCUUUUCCUAACGCCAAACAGAGCUUCGAACAACAAAUGAAAAAUGUUUCGCUAGUUUUCCUGAACCAGCAUUUCACAUUAAGCAGUCCAAGACCUUAUCCACCCAAUAUGAUUGAGGUCGGCGGAAUUCAAAUUGAAGACCCGAAACCAUUACCGAAGGACCUGCAAACUUACCUUGACGAAGCGAAGGAGGGGGUUGUCUAUUUCUGCAUGGGAUCCAACAUACAAUCGAAGGAUCUUCCUGCAGAAAAACGAGACGCAUUCCUGAAGGCGUUCGGAAAACUAAAACAACGAGUCCUGUGGAAGUUCGAAGACGAAAAUCUACCCAAUAAACCGGCAAACUUGAAAAUUACUUCCUGGGUUCCACAGAAUGACGUAUUGGCUCACCCAAAUGUAAAACUAUUCAUCACGCACGGAGGAAACCUAGGCACCACGGAGUCGCUGUACCACGGUAAACCGAUGGUAGGCAUUCCGAUCUUCGGCGAUCAAAUGAUGAACGUUGAAAAGUCCGUCCGGGCUGGAUAUGCCUUGCGGCUCGAUUUUGAUGAUAUUAGCGAAGAAGCGGUUACACGAGCUAUCCAAACGGUACUGAGUGAUCCAUUAUAUGCGAAAAAAGCGAAGCUGGUAUCGGAACGGUUGCGUGACCAACCGAUGACUCCAAGGCAAACUGUCGUCUUUUGGGUGGACUACAUACUACGGCAUGGUGGAGCACCACAGUUGCGAUCCCCCGCGCUGGAGCUGUCAUAUUUACAGUACCAUUCAGUGGAUGUGUAUGCCGUGAUGCUGCUGCUGGUGGUGGUUAUCGUAGCAACUAAUGUGUUCAUUGUGAAGAGGUUAUACCGAAAAGUAUGCCGUAAGAGCUCACCGGCAGGUGGAAAGAAAAAAAGAGCCUAAUUUGUAAGUUCGUUGCCAGCAGAUAAUCUGCUUGUAUGUAGAUAAUUUAAAUUAAAACAGUUUAAAUGUGUAACUUCGAUGAUACUAUACAGAAAUUCUCAUUUUUGUACUAUGGAACUCAGUAUUAGUCACGUCGUGUAAAAGAGAUUAAAUUCUUU